AUGGCGGUAUUUGUGCGAAACGAAUCGCGGCGUCAAGCACGUCAUCCUUCAUCAAUGCUAAUGGAUACUAGCGAUGAUACAUUGAUUAGCCGUUAUGAUAAUGCUUGGUAUCUGUCCCAUUUUUCACGUUCAUCAUCUGAUAGUUCACGACAUUCUCAACUGGGUACCUUGGAUGAUAAUGUAAAUAAUUUUAUCGAGAUUGAUGAUCAGGUACAUCGAACAGGUGAGGAGAAAAUACAUUUGCAAAAACAGAAACCGAAAGAUUUUCUUGGACAGGUGAAAUAUUAUUACGACAAAUAUAAGUUACGACAUUUAGCACCAUUUUUUUUGUUGACAAUAUAUUCAUUAUUGGGCGCAACAUUGUUCUGUUGGGUGGAACGAGAGCAUGAACAGGAACUUAUCAGGAAAGAAAAAAUUAUACUUGAUGAUCUAAGGAAUGAUACAUUUCAGCUGUUAAGGAAAGUUUUCCGGAGCAAAAAUUCCGAUGUAUCUGCAAAUUUGGCUAAUUCAAAAAAAAUAUUGCUGUGGUAUGAAAAUCAAUUAACAAAAUUAAAAAUGCCCGAAGGUUUAGAAUGGGAUAUGUGGGGAGCUCUCUUUUAUGUUGGCACUAUUUUUACCACUAUCGGUUAUGGUAAUAUAGUACCUCGAACAUCUGGUGGUAAAGUAUUAAGUAUUGUAUAUGCAAUUUUCGGUAUACCUCUUGUAUUGGCUAUAUUAAGCCAUUUUGGUAAAACACUUACUGCUUUUGUUAGCAAGGCUUGGAUGAGGUAUCGAGAGUGUAUUAAAGGUUACACGAAAGAGAAACGCAUUUCAAUAGCUAAACAACGACAAAAAUUGAGGGAUCGCAGAAGGAUGUAUAUGCAGAAUAUUUUGGAUGUUGAGAUUGGUAAUACUGAGUCAAAUCAUCGAUUGCUCAAUAAUCCACCAUCAGAGACAAUUGAUGAAGUGGGCGAUGAGAUAACUCAAAGCAGGACAAUACCAGUUUGGCUUGCAUUAUUUAUUUGUAUUAGUUGGAUAUGUAUAUGCGCGGGUUUAUUUUGCCUCUGGGAAACACGCUGGUCCUAUUUCACUUCACUUUAUUUUUUCUUCAUUUCAUUAUCUACCAUUGGUCUUGGUGAUGUAGUACCAGAUCAUCCGCACAUGUUGAUAUUGAUGUUUUGGUUGGUAAUCAUUGGUCUUUCGAUUGUUUCAAUGCUUCUCGGUGUAAUACAAAUCAAAUUUGAAGAAUGGCUUUAUAAUUUGAUGAUACGAAUGCAAAAAGAAUAUCAGCGUGCUUUGGCUUGUGGAGAUCCGGUGAAGCGCAACGAAAUUCUACAACGUUUAAUGGCAAAAGAACCAUGGUAUGUUCGAAAUAUGGCACAACAUUUGCUUACUGAGAAGCAAACUGCUCAACUUGAUAAACAGGCUGAAACGUACGAACGAUCAGUGAGAAUGUCAAAUAAUAAAAAUAUUCAAACUGAAGAAAAAUUUUUCAACAAUGAAUCUUCGUUAUCUAAGUCACCUAUAAAGUUACAAGAUAUGGGUACAACUAUGAAUUUCACAGAACUAUACGAUGAGAAGGAAAUAAGUCCGAAAAAUAGUGAAGAAGCUGGAAUGAACAACUUUUCGAUAACACCUGUAGCACAUGCUGAUGACGAUGCAAAUUCGAUUUCUGAAAUCACAUCACUUCCGAUGGAUCUCACAAACUCGGAAGUUAUUGAUCGUAGUGUUCAAGCACGGAUAUCUUUAGCUGAUCAGGAACAACAGAUAGAGCAUUGUGUUUUAAGCGGUUGCGCUGUACAAACGGAUAUUUCACAAUUUCAAGUUGAUGAAAUUAUGCUCAAAUUACACGACUUACAGGCCAAGAAUCGUCCAAAAUUAAUGGACCGUAGCAUUGAAACAUCAUUGGAUGAUGGAACUAUGAAUCUUCCAGUAGUAAAAGAAGAAAAUGAAAAUUUGACGCAACUGACUAAGAAUCGAUCAAUCGAUCAUGAUCGGACACCUAUACGAUUUGACGUUUCAACUGAAAUAACAGAAGAAGAAACCAAUCAAGUAUUUAAUCGAUCCGUGGAAACAGAUGCAUGGAUGUCGCAGAUACCGGAAUGCAGUCGUGCUGUACAGACAACAUUUGAUAAUGAUGAUGAAGAUCAUCAAGCAUCCGAAUUAUCAGCAAAAGAAAAAAAGAAGACUGGUUGCAUCGAUUCAUUCUUAAUUGAAAAUAGUACGCAAUAUUCAUUUGAUACAAAAGACAUGUGUGAUACAUUUGUGCAAACGAUAAUUGAUAUGAAUAAUUUUAAUUUGGAAAAAUCAAUUGAGAAAGAAUUUGAUAUAUCAAAAGCAUCGGUUAAUGAACAAACGAAUGAUGUAAGCGUCUCUGCACCAAUAUGGAUUAAACCAAAGCGAGAGGAUCUCGUUAUUCAAACUGAUGAUUCGUAUCUAAAAAUAGCUCGACGAUUAGAUCAAAUUCGAACGAAUCGCACUGAAAGUUUGCAUAUUUGUAUGGCAAAACCAUUGAGAAAAAUGGAACGUGAAAAUAUUGGUUCAAAGCAUCAUAUUGAAAAUCCGAUUGAAAAGCGUGCACAUUAUCGAGAAUUAUCAAGUAAAAGGAGAAAAAUUUCGAAUGAGGAAAAUGAAGAACAAAUUCCAUCAUCUACACGUGUUCCAGAAACGAAGGAAAUGGAAAUAUCAAAAGAUGAUCGAUCAGAUUUAUCAGUGCCUAAACGUGAUCAACGACUUUAUAAAUCACGCUCUAUUUCACCGAAAAUUCAACAUCGAAUAUUGCCACAGAAAUCGAUUCUUACACGAAAACGAUCAUUGCCAAUUACAGUACAAUCUGGUAAAGUGAGCAAUUUCAUUUGGUAUCACGAGAAGGGUAUUCAUAAUCCUGGAACACCAGAAGGUCUUAAAGCAUCACAAACGAUAAUUAUCGAUGAGAGAAGAUAG